GCUUUUGUCUGUUUCUCUCAGAGGAGCUGCUGAAGGUGGAGGGGAUGGACAUGAAGAUGGCUGAGCCAAUCACUGCUGCACACCUCAUCAGUGCAGCCAAACUGGGAAACCCUCGAGCUGAGGCUGUUCUAAACAAAGCCUCCACAGCUCUGGGUGUGGGUAUCGUGAACAUCCUCCACAUGCUGAACCCCUCUCUGGUGAUUCUGUCGGGGGUCUUGGCCUCUUACUACCAGGCUCCGGUGCAGAAUGUCAUCUCUGAGAAAGCCCUCAUGUCUGCUCAGAACAUCAAGGUCCUUGUGUCACAACUGGAGGAGCCGGCUUUACUUGGAGCAGCUAGCAUGGUGUUGGACUACGCAACCAGGAGGACAUAUUGAAGAGACCGCUACGAGAGACUGCUACCGACCAGAUGACCGGAAUACGGACCAGAUAGAUGCAGAAACACAUCCAAGGGAUAUUUUUUAAGGCUUCAGUGAAAGACAACACAUUAAAACUAUCAUGCCAGUGCCAGGAUUUGAACACAUUUUAAAAGUAUGGAGGUGUGCCAGUUGUUGUAUCUAGCCAGUGAUACAUGUUCUGUGAAGUGGGUCCAAUGCAGGGGCCAGAUAUGCCACCUUUUUUUAUUUUCCAUGCCUCCCAGUGAAGUCGAGCUUGAGAGCAAACAAGCCAAAAUGUCCCCUUGAAGGAAUUGAAUCCUCGCUGCUCUUAAAAUAAUGUCGGAGGAAAAGUCUGUCGUGAUGAAAGCUUGGUUCAUACGUGACCAAAAUAUUUCUGAAACAUUCUCCUGAAGCUUUCUCUCAAUUCUUCUGUUUUUCAUAUCUUUUUUAAAAAGUUUCAAUCUCAGUGGUGGGAUAAGAGUUUCCGUUAUUACGUUACAUUUCCAUGUCAUGUUAGUGAUUAAAUUAUUAAAGGUUCUGGGAGAGAAAAUAAGUGCUGAAGAAAAAAGUUCCUUUUGGUUGUGAAGGCUUUCUAUGAAAUCUGAGGUUAAGGAGUAAAAACGUUUUGCUGGAGGGUGUCAUUGAAAUGAUAAUGGCUGCUACACGAUGACAAGGACCCGGGGCUGAGUGUUCUGUCAGGGUCCAGGUUCAAUUUCUGUUUUUCUUUUGCAUUAUUUUAUUAUUAGUCAUUACCACAGACCUUACAAACUUUGAGACUGAUUUCUAAAGUUUAUUUACGCCUUCUCGAGAUAUUCUGUAUCUCAACAUCUGCUUUCUUUGUAUGUGGUACUCUGUGCCGUAUUGUACAUUACAUGCUUAAUGAUCAUUUUAAAUGGAAUAACUUUUGGUUUCUUUCCAAAUAAAUGAAACUCUUGUUAUAGAUAUG